ACCCCCGCUUCAAUGACGCCCCCUCUUCCGUUUCCCUGCCCACCAAAAACAGAAAGAACUUCAGUCAGCUCAAGAGAGCCAAACCCUACGGUUCCCUGUUCCAGCGGGCAAAGCCCAGCAGCUUCCUGCCGGAGCGAAAGCAACUCGAUAAGAUGAGGAAGAAGAAAAAGCUGAAGAGGAGGGAGACGGAGGUGUCUGCAGAGCAGGACUACGAGGAGAAGCUGCCGGAGCUGGAGGCGGAGGACUCUUACGUAGAGACGCCGCUGAGCCCCUCGUCUGAGGGCGACCCUCAGUCUGCGCCCGAGCACUGCUCGGUCUGGGACUCUGACACGCCUUCCAGCGUCUCCUACCCCGCCGUGACGGCCGAGCAGACGGUGGAGAUCCAGAGCGUGGGCAAACGCACCGUCAUUCGGCAGGGCAAGCAGGUGGUCUUUCGGGACGAGGACGGCACCGGCGACGACGAGGACAUCAUGGUGGACUCAGAUGAUGACUCGUGGGACCUCGUCACUUGCUUCUGCAUGAAGCCCUUUGCCGGGCGGCCGAUGAUCGAGUGUAACGAGUGCCACACCUGGAUCCACCUCUCCUGUGCCAAAAUCCGCAAGUCCAACGUCCCAGAGAUCUACAUCUGCCAGAAGUGCCGGGACUCCAAGUUUGACAUUCGCCGUUCGAACCGCUCCCGGACGGGCUCGCGCAGGCGCUUCCUGGACUAGGGGAGAGGAGG